UAAGUUGGUACUUCUGAAGCAAUCUUCAAGUUAGUGAAAAAAGUACCGGUUCCACAAAAAUUGGAUACAAAUGUCACUUGUAUUGUGCAAACCGAUUUUUGGAAUAAUUACGCUCUUUUGUUUCGCUAGAGGUGUUCCUGCUACUACUUAUAGAAACAUGAGCGAUCUCGCUGGAGUUCAUUCUGUUGCAUACGUAACAGUUCCAACACAAGAAGUCGCUAAAAAAUUGUCUCAUGGCUUGGUGAAGAAUAAAUUAGCCGCUUGCGUUAAUAUUAUACCAGGGCUUACAUCGGUAUAUGAAUGGAAAAAUGAAAUUAAUGAAGAUAAUGAACUUCUACUGAUGAUAAAAACUAGGACUGAUACUGUAAAUGCCCUAACAAAAUAUGUAAUGGAGAACCAUCCAUAUGAAGUUUGUGAAGUAAUCUCAUUACCUAUUCAAAAUGGAAGUCACAAAUAUCUCCAAUGGAUAAGCGAGAUAGUUCCACCUAUCAAUCAAAGAGAGCAAUAAAAUAACUUUUCUUCUAUAUCCAUAUUUAAAAGGAUUCUAAUGUCAUAUAUUAUAAUAAAAACAUUUAUUUACUUUGUUAUAAAAUAA